AUGUAUAUCUCGAGUAUGAGAUUUCUAAGAAUUCUGCUUUUUUUCGAAGGAGUUUCCCUGGUCAAGUGUAGUGUGAAAAAUCGGAAGGGAGAGAUUACUGAAAUCAAGGAAGAAAACUGCCCGGAUUCUGAGUUGCAGGAAGAAUGCGAUUCCAUCUGCAGAGUGGAAUACAACCAGUGCCGGUUACUCUGUGAAACGGAGCUGUGCCAAUCUCUAUGUUCAGAGGAAUAUCAAGGCUGCCGUGACGAUUGCCCAUGUGGAGCGAACUGCGCGCAGGGUUGUGUAAAUUGCAAUAAUCCGAUUUGCCCAGUUAAUGAUAAACAUAUUCUGGUGAUUGGGAAGAGAGUAAGCGACGCUUUCAUAGUUUCUUUCGACGGAUCAGCUCUAAAACCAGCAAACAUUUCAGCGCCUUCAAAUUAUUACACAAACUCGGCUCCUCACGCACUUUUGAAGAAUGAGCUCUUCAUUUUCGGCGGAACGCGAGAUAGACGCAAGAUUGCCAAGCUCGUGGGCUGCGAGUGGAGAGAAGAGCCCUUACGACUGAUCAACCCUUACGAUUCCUGGUCCGCCGCGCUUUCGAUCGAGCACGAAAGCAAGGCAUUAAUUUGCUUUCCAGCCGAUGAAGAAACCAAAAAAUGCGAAGUUUUCGACCCUGCUACAUCUACUAGUAGCUCGACUCAUUCAUCGAUCUUUCCUCAUUACGGUGGCAUGCUCGGUCUCUAUCAAGGGCAAGCAACAACAGUCGGAAACGACGGAUUCGAAGAUGAUACUAACAAGGUAGAAACUAUGAGCUCUUCUGGCUGGUCUUCUCUUCCUGACUUUCCUACUCCGAAAGCGUAUCAUGUCCUGAUGGGUCUACCAAGUGGAAGUCUCUUGCUCGCGGGAGGUCGAAUUUAUGACGGUACCGCUUUAAUACCGCAAACAAAAAUUUGGCUCCUUCAAAACGACAUCUGGAAAAUCAUCGGAGAUCUUCAAAAUGCCGAUUGGUGGGGAUCGGGAAUAAUGAUCAACAAUUCCAUUUUCGUUGUCUCCGCCGACACCCGUACCCUUAACAUCGAAGCUUAA